CGUUACUCUGUGACGAAGUAUCGGACUUUUCAGAGAGAGAAAAAGAGAGAGAGAGAGAGAGAGAGAGAUGGCGCAGCAGCAGAGCAAAGAGCCGUGCAAGAAGGAGGCUUGCGACAUUCAAGCUUGUCUCUCCAAGAACAACUUUCUCCCUCAAAAGUGUGUUACUGUCAUUGAAAAGCUGCAGUUUUGUUGCGAGAAAUGUAAUUACGACUCCACACACUGUGCUUCUGUUGCUGGUCUUCUAAAGCAAAUAUCCAAGAAAAAAUGAUGGUCUUAUUUUUUAUUAUAGACGAGCCAUGACUUGCCUGUAGAGAGUAGAGACUGACUAUUGGAGAACGAAAAGACCCUUUUUGUGGGAGUUUUGAUUUUUGUUAGUUGGUAGCGGAGAAUAAGAUUGCUGACAACAUAUCCUCAUCUGGAUGAGGAUUAAUUACCAACCGGUGAAAGAAAUAUCCUAUUACAGGAAUACUUUAUAGUUGUGCAUGAAGCUCAUUAUUCAUUUGUGAUGUGUAUUUUUUUUUUUUUUACCCCAGUAGAAAGAAGCGAUUUAUGGUUACAACUUCAUUUUGUUCUUUCUUUACUUAUAUGAUUCUCCAUCCAAUCAUGUUA